UCUCACUCUCUCUCCGCUACCGCUAGCUGCGUCUUCUUCGCUCCCCGUAGAACCCCGCGUAUCGCACGAAACGCUCAGUUCGCAUCCGACGGAUACGGACGAGGACGUCGGUCUGUGUUUCGGUCUCGGAUUUGGCUUGAUGCUGCGAAAGUUAGAACUCAGAAUUCAGUUGCAUCGUAGACGUCGCGACGGCAGCACACGCGUCGCUCCCCCACAGAGAAAACUCUGAGCAGCACAUUCUAGCAGUAGAAUCACGCAGAGAACGCAGAUAUAGAAAACGCAGAUCUGUGAAAUCGCCCACAAAAUAAAAACAAACGCGACACUCGCAGCGCAUCUCGCAUCGCAUCGCGAACAAAAAUCCCAGUGUUUCUCCCAUGUUCGAAUGAUAAAAACCGAAGGCCCUUUGCCCAAAUGGCCGCCACACGUGUGUGCUCUAUAAGAAAGAAAUAACGCCCAGACGAGACCAGCAGAAGCCACCAACCCACUAGGCUAGCCAAGCAAACCAAGCAAACUAUCCGCAUCAAAGUAGAGCAAGUGUCACAACAAGCAUUCCAAAUGUUGUCCUGUCUGGCGCCGUCGUCUUCACGUUUCGGCCAAGAGGAUACCAUCAUUCAGCAGAGCAUGCCCUCCACCUCCCCCUUCGCCAUGCAGUUUCCCUCGCUGGCCUCCACUUUGCUCCACCACAACCAGUCGCCGAAGCACAGCAAUCCGGGCUCCAGCGGGAUCCAGGAUGCCCAUCCCAACCAGCCAGGUGCCGCCGCAGAUGCCUUCCUGGUCAAGUGCACCCAGUGCCACAAGCGAUUCACCGAGUAUCAGUCCCUCAGCGAGCACAUUGCCAGCGAGCAUCCCCACGACAAGCUGAACUGCGGAGCCGCCCAGCCGGAAAGCGAUGCCGAGGACGAGCAGAGCAACAUGAGCGGCAGCAGCAGGCGGUACGCCAAGUCGCCGCUGGCCAGCAACAACAACAGCAGCACCGCCAACGCCAACAGCAACAGCACCAGCAACCAGUCCAUGAACAACAACAGCGAUCUGGCCAAGAACCACAACAACGCCAGCAAAAUGUCGCCCCUCUGCUCACCCGGCGCCCUCACACCCGGCGACCUCUUCGCCCAGCUCCAGCACCCGCCGCAGCACCAGCUGCCGCCCCACCUGCACGCCCAGUUCAUGGCCGCCGCCGCCGCCUCCCUGGCCUCCCUUCAGUCCGCCCGCACCGCCAGCUCGCCCAGCCAACAGCAGCAGCAUCAGCAUCAGCAGCAGCAGCAUCACCAUCAGCAGCAGCAUCAGCAGCAACUGCAGCAGCAGCAGAUGACCAUGCAGCAACUGCUGCCGCCGCAACUGCCCGGCAGCAACAGCAGCGUGGGCAGCAACUCCGCCUACGACCUGGACCUCAGCGCCCCGCGCUCCACUUCCAGUCCGGGCUCCACCACCGGCGACCUGAGUGGCGCCUACCCCUGCAUGCAGUGCACCGCCUCCUUCGCCACGCGCGACCAGCUCGAGCAGCACCAGCAGCUCCACUCGCCCUGCGGCCCGGCGGCGGUCAGCAAUGUCUCCCAGACCUGCCGCAUUUGCCACAAGGCCUUCGCGAACGUGUACCGCCUGCAGAGGCACAUGAUCAGCCACGACGAGAGCGCGCUGCUGCGGAAGUUCAAGUGCAAGGAGUGCGACAAGGCCUUCAAGUUCAAGCACCACCUCAAGGAGCACGUGCGGAUCCAUUCCGGCGAGAAGCCCUUCGGAUGCGACAACUGCGGCAAGCGCUUCUCGCACUCCGGCAGCUUCUCCUCCCACAUGACCUCGAAGAAGUGCAUCAGCAUGGGCCUGAAGCUGAACAACAAUCGCGCUCUGCUGAAGCGGCUGGAGAAGAGUCCGGGCUCCGCAUCCUCCGCGUCCCGGCGAUCGCCGGCGGAUCACGGCAAGGGCAAGCUGCCGGAGCAGCCGUCGCUGCCGGGACUGCCCCAUCCCAUGAGCUACUUCGCCAGCGAUGCCCAGGUGCAGGGCGGCGGUGCGGCACCCACGCCCUUCCCGCCAUUCCAUCCCAACUACAUGAACGCCGCCCUGCUGGCCUUUCCCCACAACUUGAUGGCCGCUGCGGCUGGCCUCGAUCCUCGCGUGCAUCCCUACAGCAUCCAGAGGUUGCUGCAGCUCUCGGCCGCCGGCCAGCAGCAGAUGGAGGAGGAGCGAGAGGAGCAGCAGAAGCAGCAGCAGGAGAGGGAGGAGGAGGAGACCCCCGAUGAGCCCAAGCUGGUGAUGGAUAUCGAGGAGCCGGAGGCCAAGGAAAGGCCGCCCACGCCAGAGGCCGCCAAAGAAGCCACUCCCAUCAAGCGGGAGGAGAGCAGGGAAGCCUCGCCUGCUCCGGACUGCUCCAGCUAUCUGUCCGCCUCGCAAGCGAUUAAGCAGGAGCAGGAGCCCCUGAACGCCCCAGAGGAACGUCAAACGCCCCUGGAAGAACACGCCCCAGUGGAGCAGGCCGCCGACCUGCGCUGCAGUCGCUGCUCCAAACAGUUCAACCAUCCCACUGAGCUGGUGCAGCACGAGAAGGUGCUUUGCGGCCUGAUCAAGGAGGAGCUGGAGCAGCACUUCCAACAGCAACAGGCCGCGUCCUUCGUCUUGGCCUCGGCCAGCGAAGAGGAUGAGGAGGACGAGGAGAUGGACGUGGAGGAGGAGCCCAGGCAGGAGAGCGGCGAACGCAAGGUGCGAGUGCGAACGGCCAUCAACGAGGAGCAGCAGCAGCAGUUGAAGCAGCACUACUCCCUCAACUCGCGACCCAGCAGGGAUGAGUUCCGCAUGAUAGCAGCCCGUCUGCAGCUGGAUCCUCGGGUGGUGCAGGUGUGGUUCCAGAACAACCGCUCCAGGGAGCGCAAAAUGCAGAGUUUCCAGAACAAUCAGGCCACAGCCCCGUCGGCGACCAAUGACAGCCAGACAUCUCUAACUCGAGAGGAUCAGCCUCUGGACUUGUCCGUGAAGAGGGAUCCGCUCACGCCCAAGAGCGAGAGCUCGCCCCCGUACAUAGCUCCACCGUCGGGCGAAGCCCUGAAUCCCGAAGCAAUCAAUCUCAGCCGGAAGUUCUCCACAUCCGCAUCGAUGUCGCCGGCCUCGAUUUCACCGUCAUCCGCGGCAGCCCUCUACUUUGGCGCUGCCCCGCCGCCUUCGCCCCCAAAUAGCCAGCUGGAUUCCACUCCGCGAGGUGUCCAGGCCUUUCCGGGAUUACCGCCCUACAUGCUGCCCAUGCCGCUGCCCAUGGAGGCGCUGUUCAAGAUGCGCCCGGGCGGGGACUUCGCCUCCAAUCAUCCCCUGAUGAACAGUAUUAAGCUGCCCGACUACCGCGGCACCAGCUUGAGUCCCGGCGGAUCGGAGAAGCGUUCGUGGCGCGACGACGACUCGCGCAUAUCCCACGAGGAUGAGUUUGGCGCCGGCGUCCUGAUGCCACCGAAACCCCGCAGGGGCAAGGCGGAGACCCACGGCCACGCGGGCGAUCCCGAUCUGCCCUACGUGUGCGAUCAGUGCGACAAGGCCUUCGCCAAGCAGAGUUCGCUGGCGCGGCACAAAUACGAGCAUUCCGGUCAGCGACCCUACCAGUGCAUGGACUGCCCGAAGGCCUUCAAGCACAAGCACCACCUCACGGAGCACAAGCGCCUGCACAGUGGCGAGAAGCCCUUUCAGUGCUCCAAGUGCCUGAAGCGCUUCUCGCACUCGGGCAGCUACAGCCAGCACAUGAACCACCGGUAUUCCUACUGCAAGCCCUACAGGGAAUAGGUAAGCGACACCUCAGUGCCGCCCACCUGCCAACCAGGAGCCAAUCCCCUAGCGCCGCCCACGACGGCCAGCAAUCGGGGUCGUCGUCGCGUUCCGGUUGCGGCGGCGAAUCCCCAGUACCCGCCGCAUCACCAGCAUCCCCACCACCCGCAUCUGGCGGCCAUGGCUGCCUUCCAGCAGCAGCAGCAGCAGCAUCACAGGCUCUCCUGGAAUGGAGCUGGAGCGAUGCUGCCGCCGCCAUCCAGCCAGCAGACACAUCGUCCGCCGGCUCCACAUCCGCCUCCAUUGCUUUCUGGCUCCGGGUUUGGCCAGCCGCCGGCGGCGCAGUUCUUUCACCACCAUGCGGGACUGCUGCCUCCGCCGCCGCCGCCGCCACCGCCACAGACCACGCCCACGUCCGCGCCCGCCUUCGACUUCUUCAAUGCCAAAAUGUUUCAGAAUUGAGCUGAGAAAGCCAAGCAAGCCAAGCCAGCCAAGCCAGCACUUACAGGCUGUACUUAAAAAACCGACGAACAGAAAAUCUCAAAAUGUGCAGGAACACACUGAAAAAAAAAACACCCCCGCAAAUGCACUUUAGACGGAAUCAAAGUCAGAGUCAGCAAAGCAAGAGAGAAAUAUUUUUUAUAGCCAUAUAGCCAGGGAAAGUAAGAAGCCGUAAUUGAAAACCUUUCGUUUGAGCGAAUUUAUUAUUUUUACAAUGUUGCAACCACUUUGUUCUUAGUAUUUUAUUAGUUUAUCUUACCGCCUAAGUUCGAGCUGGGGGCUGAAUCAUUUUGUUUGGCCCCCGCCGCCCCAACUCGCUUAAAGAUAUCGUUUUAUCUAUUUUUUUACGCAUUAAUGUGUUAGCCCUUAGUUCUUUAGUUUGAGGAGCUGGAGAGAGACCAGUACCAAGUGCUGCAGAAUACUCAAAACUCGAUCGUUAGGAGCCCACUCCUAGAUGGAAUGGAAUGGAAUGCAAAGGCAUGAAUGUAUAUUUUCUACGAUUAUGUAUUCUUUUAAGCUGUAACUUUUAGUUUUCGGUUAAGCCAGGCUGGGUUGACAUUGCGCACCCGCUCCAAAGGAAUUUUCCACCCACAACUUCCGGACCAACCAGCAAAAGCACAGAGCAAGUGCAUGAAAAUACAAGCAGACAAUAGAUACAAAACCAGAUACAAAAGUAUUAAGCAGCGAAACUGUAUUAAAGCCACCCCAUUGUAAAGUCCACGCCCAGUUAGCCCCAACCGCCCCCAUUUCGUAUAUAGUUCAUGUUGAAUGGAAAACCCACCGCUUGCCGCGCGUUUCAAGCCCUCUUACUUAAGGAAAACCAACCCAACCCAACCCAACCACCCAGUCGUUCUCGAACUACGCUUUAAAUUUGCCCUCGAAAUCGCGAAAUGAGCACAACACCUACAAGAUCAUUCCAUUUGGCCCGAGCCGCGCCCACUGAGAAGGUGCACGUCAUGCAUUUAAGGCCGCCGGCUGCCGCUUGCCACUCGACAACCCAAUAAAUCUAAAUCUAAAUCUAAAUCUAAACCUAAUGCUAAUGCUAAACUAAACUAAUGCUAACUAAUGUUUAAACGAAAACUUAAUUUGGCCUUAUUACACAUUAUUUAACGAUUAAAAACGUUUCAGAAUAUUCAUAUAAAAACUAGCAUGUAAAACGAAAAGAAAUCAUUUGGGAAAGUCUCGCGAAAUCUAUUAGCAAAAUUCCAUGUGCGUACUAAAUGUGAAAGUCGAAAAAGAAACAAGAAAAAGGUAUAAGAAAAACAAAAACAAAAAGAAAAAGAAACCAACCAAAGACCCUAUUAACUAUCGUAAUGUUUGCCAUGACAAUAAAUUUAUGACUAAAUAAUUGAUAAUGCUUCGAUUGCCGUGCUAGCCAAGGUCAAAGUUCAAUUGAAAUCGUUUCUCACUCAGCCGCAAACUAUAAUUAGUUGAAAAAAAAACAAAAAAACAAACAAGGUUUCCAGAACAACGAACAUUUCUUUUUGAUGUUUAACUUGUCCAAGGAAUUUUUGCCCAUGAUUUUCUUGCUUUUCCAGACACGCAACAAAAAAACGAGCGGAAGAACUCACAAAAAAAUGCAUUUAAUACUUAAUUAGUUUUUAUAUUCUUGUAUUUUAAUGAGGAGAGUGCCGAGCGACGGUAUAUAUGUGUACAUACAUAUAUUUUUUGUAAAUUAUUUCGCAAGAACAAAAGCUAGAGAAUCCAAAACCAAAA